AUGACUUCGUGGUUCUCCCGAGCCACGCACCGCCAUCAACAUCUGUUCCAAAGAUACCAUGAACAUUACCGUCUCCAAGUGCUGCCUCAAUGUGUUAACCAACCUGGCCAAGGCAUUCUCUGAGGGCACAGCCUCUACCUUUGACCACAGUCUGAAGGAGAAAUCCCCCUUCACCAUCCGUAAUGCGCUGGGCAUCCCUCUCACCGUGCAGCACAGUGCUAACCUGCGGGUGGUGGCCUCCCAGGCAGGGCAAGCUCCACGAGGUGGGGGUAGGGCAGAGCGUGGACCUGGAGUACUCUGGGUCGGGCACCUCGACACGGGGCAAACUGUCUGCUUUACAACGGCAGGAGAGCUGCCUCUUCAACCUCAGCAUCGCUCCGACAGGUUACAGUGAGAUCUCCAACAUGACGGUGGAUCAGCCGGGCAGGAGGCUGUAUAACGUGAGAGAUCCCCUGCUGCAGGGAGAACGUGUCUGUCUUGGUACAGACUGACGCCUCGGAAGGAAACAAGGUCAUCACCGUCCGUUCUCCGCUACAGAUCCAGAACCAUUUCUCAGUGCCGUUUACCAUCCUGAAGUAUUGUCCCAAAUCCAGAGGGAUGGUUAACAUAGGACUGGCAGAGCCCGAGAAAGAGUCUGAUGUAGCCCUGGACUCCUACAGGUGUCAGCUCUUCCUCCAGCCAGCCGGGCGCCUGGAGGGCCAGUACGGCCCGUCGUCUACCUGUAUCGCCUGGAAGGAGCAGGUCCACCUGAGCUCUGAGGUGCGGUCCCUUCUCCAGUGUCCGUCGGCAGACAGCAGCUUCCUGCCCCUCCAGGUGACCACCUUGGCCACACCAGAUCACCUGUCCUUCAUUUCCUCCCAGCGUGAGGACGACUGGGACCCUGCCUACGUCAUCCACCUCCACCCAGCUGUGACCCUCCGGAACCUUCUGCCUUACAGCAUCAGAUAUCUACUGGAGGGCUCAGCAGAGUUCCAUGAGCUCCAGGAGGGCAGCACGGCAGACGUCCUGAACGCCCGUAUAGGAGGUGAGAUCAUGGAGAUGGUCCUGGUUAAAUACCAGGGUCGGAACUGGUCCGGACGUAUCCGUAUCGCCCAGGACAUGCAGGAGUUCUUCCCCGUGUGCUUCACCUGCGACUCGGCCCAGGAGCUGAGCGUGGACCUGAGCGUGCACGUGGCGCGGCUGCAUGGACGUCUGACGCUGGCCGUGUUCAGCCCGUACUGGAUCGUCAAUAAGACGUCCAGGGUUCUGCAGUACCGCGCGGAGGACGUCUCCGUCAAACACGCGUCGGACUUCAGGGACGUCGUCCUCUUCUCCUUCAAGAAAAAGAACAUCUUCAGCAAGAACAAGCUGCAGCUCUGUGUGUCCACCAGUUCCUGGUCUGAUGGCGUGUCUUUUUCA